UUGGCUGCCUCCACGGGCAAGCGUUCUAGUCUAUUUUUUUUGUUUUGUUUUGGUUUUUGCGGUGGACAGAUGCAGCACCUAACGACCAAGCCGGCAAAUGAUUUUUUUUUAGAAUUACUGCACCACAUCUGCGCAUCCCAAGCAAGGAACAAUAAAAUGAUCUAUCGCUCUAUCAGGCGGCCGACAUGUCGCCAAACGCAGAUACCCGCCCGGCAAUCUCGACGCCAACAACUUCACAGAACAGAAAAAGGAAUGUGAAGUUUCCAGGAGAAGUUCUCCGGCUUUCACCUCGCUGACACGCAGUCCCCGGAGGUCGGUCGGCGCGCCGUCUUUCUCGGAGCCCCGCGGCGAUGGCAAUGCGCUUACACAAAAGAUGGACUUGUUGCCGCGUGGCUGAGGUGCACGGCCCCGGGAGGGUCAUGUCGCGGUCCGUGGCCUUCGGGCUACUGACCCUCAUCCUGGUGAGUCAGGAGACGGCGGCGGGACAGAUGGUGAACGUCUUCCGGUCGGAGCGGCCGGAGUGGUCGCUGAACCACCUCGCCGUGCAUCAGUCCACGGGGGCCCUCUACGUCGGCGCCGUCAACCGGAUAUACAAGCUGUCGGCCAACCUCACGCUCCUGGUGUCGCACGCCACGGGGCCCGAGUAUGACAACAAGGCGUGCUACCCGCCGCUGAUCGUGCAGCCCUGCUCGGAGGCCCUCGCCUCCGUCGACAACGUCAACAAGCUGCUGCUCGUCGACUACUCCCACAACCGCCUCCUGGCGUGCGGCAGCCUCUACCAGGGCGUCUGCAAGCUCAUGAGACUGGAUGACCUGUUCAUCCUCGGGGAGCCCACUCAUAAAAAAGAACACUACCUGUCUAGCGACACACAGACGGGGACCAUGUUUGGGGUGGUGGUGGUGGCCUCGCUGGCUCAGGAUGCCACGCUGUACAUCGGCACCGCCGUCGGAGGGAAGCAGGACUACUUCCCGACCAUCUCCAGCCGCAAGCUGCCUCGCGACCCGGAAUCCUCCGCCAUGCUCGACUACGAGCUUCACACCGACUUUGUCUCGUCGCUCAUCAAGAUCCCCUCGGACACCCUGGCCCUCGUCCCGCAUUUUGACAUCUACUACAUCUACGGCUUCGACAGCGGCCAUUUUGUCUACUUCAUGACCGUCCAGCCGGAGACGCCGGAGAACGGGAUGCCGUCCGGGGGCUCGACCGGCGACCUGUUCUACACCUCCCGCAUCAUCCGCCUCUGCAAAGGCGACAAGAAGUUCCACUCGUACGUGUCGCUUCCUGUGGGCUGCGUCCACCGGGGCGAGGAAUACCGCCUGUUGCAGGCGGCCUACCUGUCCAAGGCCGGCGCGGUCUUGGCCAAGACGCUCAACAUCGGCGCCCAGGACGACGUACUCUUUGCCGUGUUCUCCAAGGGUCAGAAGCAGUAUCACGACCCGUCCGACCACUCCGCACUUUGCGUUUUCACCAUCCGGGACGUCAACAUGCGCAUCAAGGAGAGGCUCCAGUCUUGCUACCAGGGGGAGGGACACCUGGAGCUGCACUGGCUGCUGGGAAAGGACGUGCAGUGCACCAAGGCGCCCGUCCCCAUCGACGACCACUUCUGCGGCCUGGACAUCAAUCAGCCUCUGGGGGGCUCCCGGCUGGUGGCGGGCCGCACGCUUUACGUGGAGACCCGCGAGAGGCUGACCUCCGUCAUCUCCUACAUCUACAACGGACACGGCGUGGUCUUCCUGGGGAGCAGGAAUGGCCGACUCAAGAAGAUCCGGGUGGACGGUACCCCGGACGCCGGAGUUCUGUACGAGACGGUGACGGUGACGCAGGACGGCGGCCCCGUCCUCCGCGACAUGGCCUUCUCCCUGGACAAGACCUCGCUCUACGUCAUGUCCGACAACCAGGUGGUCCAGGUCCCCGUGGAGGCCUGCGAGCAGUACGGAACCUGUGGGGGGUGCCUGAGCUCCGGGGACCCUCACUGCGGUUGGUGUGUCCUGUACAACACGUGCUCAAGGCGGGACCGCUGCCCGAGGGCGGACGAGGCCUUCCGCUUCAACACCGACACUGACCGCUGCGUGAAAGUCAUCGCUCACCCGGACAGCAUUGCCGUCUCGACACACAGCGUCCCACUGCUGCUGGAGGUGAACAACGUUCCGGAUCUUUCGGCGGGGAUCAGCUGUUCCUUUGGGCAGCGGGCCGAGGUGGAAGGUCACGUCAACGGCAACAGGGUCAUGUGUCUGUCCCCGGCCGGGAAGGAGGUCCCGCUGAUAGCGGAAGGGCGAGACUGGGCCGGGGUGGAGUUGCGGCUGAACUCCAGGGAGACGGGCCAGACGGUCGCCAGCACCGAGGUGAAGUUCUACAACUGCAGCACGCAUCACAUGUGUCUCUCGUGCGUAAACAGCACGUUUCGCUGCCACUGGUGCAAAUAUCGCAACAUGUGCACCCACGACCCGAGCAGCUGCUCCUUCCAGGAGGGCAGAGUCAACGCCACGGAGGACUGCCCCCAACUCCUUCACUCCGGGCAAAUCCUCAUCCCGGCCGGCGAGGUGCGACCGAUCACCCUGAGGGCCCGCAACCUGCCGCAGCCGCAGUCGGGCCAGCGGGGCUACGAGUGCGUGGUGAACGUUCAGGGCGUCGGCCACCGCGUCACGGCGCUGCGCUUCAACAGCACCAGCGUCCAGUGCCAGAACAGCUCUUACAUGUACGAGGGAGCGAAGAUCGGCGACCUGGCGGCGGAGCUCGCCAUCGUGUGGAACGGCAAUUUCAUCAUCGACAAUCCCGACAAGAUUAAAGUUCACCUGUACAAGUGCAGCGCCCAGCGAGACAGCUGCGGCAUGUGCCUGCGGGCCGAGAAGAAGUUCCAGUGCGGCUGGUGCGGCAGCGAGGGCAGAUGCACCAUGAAGCGCCACUGCCCGCCCAUCUCGCCGUACGCCAGCCGCUGGCUCGACCUCUCCGCCGCCAAUGUCAAGUGCACCAACCCGCGCAUCACCGAGGUGAGCCCAAUCGCUGGACCCUUAGAGGGUGGGACGCUGGUCACCAUCCGGGGCCUGAACCUGGGUCUGUCCUUUUCUGAGCUGGAGGGCAACGUGAAGGUGGCAGGAGUGCAGUGCGUCCCGCAGGAGGAAGGCUACAUCACCGCCGAACAGAUCGUGUGCGAGAUGGUCGCCGCCCCAAAAGGAAGCGAACCGGGCCCGGUCAAGCUUUGCGUGGACGAAUGCAGACCGGAACUACGCGCGCAGUCCCAGGAGCUUUACUCUUUUUUGACCCCUUCUCUGCUGGCGCUGACCCCGGGCAGAGGGCCCGAGUCCGGGGGCACCAAAGUGACCAUCGUCGGGGAGAACCUGGGCGCCGGCAGCUCGGUCACUGUGUACUUUGGCAACCAAACGUGCGAGCUGUACAGGAGGACCACGUCGGAGAUCGUUUGCUUCUCUGCUCCGUCCGUGACCGGAGCGGGGCCGGUGCGAGUCGAUCUGAGCGUGGACCGGGCCAAGGUGCCUGGCGCUCUGUCCUUUGAGUACAUACAAGACCCCACGGUGCAGCGCAUCGAGCCCCUGUGGAGCAUCGCGAGCUUAUCUGCGGCAAAACGCGGCGCGAGACGUUGUCGUGCUUUUGUCGAGGACGCAACCAGGCAGGACGGAGAAAUAUCUGCGCAUCGAGGGAAAAUUCCACGCGGAAAAAGUGGCCACACUACGCUGACGGUGACCGGGACCAACCUGGACGUGGUGCAGGAGCCGCGGGUCCGAGUCAAAUACGCCGGCCGCGAGUCCGUCAACGUGUGCAAAGUGCUGAACACGACCACCAUCAGCUGCUUCGCGCCGUCCCUGCAGUCCGAGUACGACGGCGCUCAAGCGGAGAGCGUGAAGCACGUGGACGAGUUUGGCUUUGUUUUCAACAACGUCCAGGCGCUGCUCACCUACAGCAACAGCGGCUUCGUCUACUACCCCAACCCCUACCUGGAGCCCCUCAGCCUUUCGGGCAUCCUGGAGCAGAAACCGGGCGCCCCCAUCAUCCUAAAAGGUCGUAACCUGGUUCCAUCGGCGUCGGGCGGGGCCCGGCUGAACUACACGGUCCUGAUCGGGGACACGCCCUGCUCCCUCACAGUGUCCGACACCCAGUUACUCUGCGAGCCGCCCAACCUCACCGGCCAGCACAAAGUCCUGGUCCAAGUGGGAGGACUUCAUAUCUCUCCGGGCGAAGUCCACAUCCACUCCGACAGCUUGCUGACGCUGCCCGCCAUCGUGAGCAUCACUGCCGGCGGGGGGCUGCUCCUGGUGGUGGUGGUCAUCGUCCUGCUGGCCUACAGGCGCAAGUCGCACGAGAACGACCUGACACUGAAGCGUCUGCAGCUGCAGAUGGACAACCUCGAGUCUCGCGUGGCUCUGGAGUGCAAGGAGGCUUUCGCAGAGCUGCAGACGGACAUCAACGAGCUGACGAGCGACCUGGACCGAGCAGGCAUCCCGUACCUGGACUACCGCACUUACGCUAUGAGGGUUCUGUUCCCCGGCAUCGACGACCACCCUGUGCUCAGAGACCUGGAGGUGCCGGGGAGCGGACAGGCGAGCGUGGAGAAAGCCUUGAAGCAGUUUGCGCAGCUGGUCAACAACAAAGUCUUCCUGCUGGCUUUCAUCCGCACGCUGGAGCUGCAGCGCUCGUUCUCCAUGCGGGACCGCGGCUACGUGGCCUCGCUCAUCAUGACGGCGCUACAGGGGCGGCUGGAGUACGCCACCGACAUCCUCAAGCACCUCCUCUCGGACCUGAUAGAGCGCAACCUGGAAAGCAAGAACCACCCCAAGCUGCUGCUGCGCAGAACUGAGUCGGUGGCGGAGAAGAUGCUGACCAACUGGUUUGCCUUCCUGCUCCAUAAAUUUCUCAAGGAGUCCGCCGGCGAGCCCCUCUUCAUGCUGUUCUGUGCCAUCAAACAGCAAAUGGAGAAGGGACCCAUCGACGCCGUUACGGGCGAGGCGCGUUACUCUCUCAGCGAGGACAAACUCAUCCGGCAGCAGACGGAAUACAAGAUGCUGACGCUGAGCUGUGUGAACCCCGACAACGAGAACAGCCCGGAGAUCGCCGUCAAGGUCCUCAACUGCGACACCAUAACCCAAGUCAAGGAGAAGAUCCUCGACGCCGUGUACAAGAACACGCCCUGCUCCCAGCGACCGCGAGCUAACGACAUGGACCUCGAGUGGCGUCAGGGCAGGACGGCUCGCGUGGUCCUUCAGGAUGAAGACAUCACCACCAAGAUCGACGGCGACUGGAAGAGACUCAACACGCUGCUACACUACCAGGUGACCGAUCGCUGCGUGGCGGCUCUGGUGCCCAAGCAGAUGUCGUCGUUCAACAUCCCGUGCUCGGCCAGCUUCCCGAGAAGUAUCAGCAGAUACGGCGUGGACAUCCCCUUCCGCUCCACACCCACCAGCCCCGACAGCCCCCACUCCCGCGUGCCCAUGCUGACCCCCGACCUGGAGAGCGGGGUCAAGGUCUGGCACUUGGUCAAGAACCACGAGCACGGCGACCAGAAGGAGGGCGAGCGGGGCAGCAAAAUGGUGUCCGAGAUUUACCUCACCCGUCUCCUGGCGACAAAGGGCACGCUGCAGAAAUUUGUGGACGAUUUGUUCGAGACGCUGUUCAGCACGGUGUGCCGGGGCACCGCCCUGCCGCUCGCCAUCAAGUACAUGUUCGACUUUCUGGACGAGCAGGCCGACAGACACGGGAUUUACGACACGGACGUCCGCCACACCUGGAAGAGCAACUGCCUCCCCCUCCGCUUCUGGGUGAACGUGAUCAAGAACCCGCAGUUCGUCUUCGACAUUCACAAGAGCAGCAUCACGGACGCUUGCCUGUCGGUGGUGGCCCAGACCUUCAUGGACUCGUGCUCCACCUCCGAGCACCGUCUGGGCAAAGACUCGCCCUCCACCAAGCUGCUCUACGCCAAGGACAUCCCGCACUACAAAAGCUGGGUAGAAAGGUACUACGCCGACAUCAACCGCCUGCCCGCCAUCAGCGAUCAGGACAUGAAUGCCUAUCUGGCUGAGCAGGCGCGCCUCCACUCCAGCGAGUUCAACGCCCUCAGCGCCCUCCACGAGAUCUACAGCUACGUCGGCAAGUACAGCCAGGAGAUCACCGAGGCGCUGGAGCAGGACGAGCAGGCCCAGAAGCAGAAGUUGGCGUACAAAGUGGAGCGGAUCAUCUCGGCCAUGUCUGCCGAGAGCUGAGACCCGCCGACGACAUGCAUAACGACACGCACGCAAACACGCACAAACGCACGAUACAAUACGAGAAAUACGCAGAUGAGACGCACAUCGUGUAGACGCCUGCACGAGAACACCCCGAGAGACUCGUGGACUGUACGCAGGGGAUGCUUGCAAAAACUUUAUGGACCUCGUACAAAUGACACGCGCACAGCGGCUCAUCCCAAAGCACGAGGUUCGCAUUCGACGCCAUUUUCCGGUAACAUUCGAGGGGGGAGCGGGACUCGGCAGCCCCGGGGAUCCGGCGCCCGAGAGAACCGCCCAAAGGAUGACCGUUCAUUGCCCGAAAGAACCACCAAUAGAGACGCUGCGAUGACGGUACGAGCCGACAGCGGCUUCACAUUUUGUAUUGGAGCAAAAUGCGGAUCGCAAAAUUCUGACGCCGGCGGACGCGUUGACCGCUCGCUCCGAUCCUGCUGAUUCGGAUUGCAGUCACAAAACAGGUUUGCAAAGGCUUCACAUCACACAUCUUCAAUUAAAACAAACGCUGGUUCCAUUCCCUCGAAUCGUAACGCUGUUAUUACCCGAUUCAAGCCGUUUGAAUUAGUCCACCAUUGAAAUUCCGUCCAUCCACUUCUCAGAAGGUGGAACAAACCCCGAGCACUCGCAGAAAACCGACGUGAGCAGGAUUCGAACUCCGUUUUCCGAGCUGCUCGUCCUCACGGGUAACCGAAAGGCGGACUGCACCCCGAGCCGGUCGCCAGGCACGCAUCAACACCGCCACCGAGCGGGAAUCGAUCCCACGCUGUCCCGCACCAAAGUCAGGCGUGCGUACCGCUACGUCAUCAGUGACUCCGUUGAGUCAGUCAUGCUAAGCAGCGCUAACGUGCGGCUCGCUUCAAAAGUCGGCCGACGGUCCUUCAUCCGGUUAUGAUGCCAGAUGUCGGCAAAACUCACGAGAUUCCUAAAUGAGCCAUUCCCAAAUGUGUGCCACACGAGAGGCACUGUACCACGAGUACACUUCACUGGCAACGCUUGUUUGUAAACACUGAUUGAGGUACAACGUUUGAGUGUUAUGUGCAAUAUAUAUUUGAAUUGUACAAUGUUCACGUUAUUAGCACCUGAAAUUGCACACGCGCAGGCCAGAACAGAGAUUCAAACCAAGAACCACCCAACUGCGAGGCAGCAAUGCCACCUGACCCACAAAACGUUUUACGCUUUGGUCCGGAACGCAGAAGAAAGCGUGAACACAGUCAACGCGAUCCAUUUCAGGAAUUCCACAUUCAUGAAAAUCUACCCAAGCAGUGAAAGUGCAGUACGACGGCAGUAGGACACGUAUCGGGCACUAAUUCAGCCGUUAGAAGAUAAGCGGAGGAGAACGCGUCACGCUCGCUCGUUCUUUCCGUCUCAUCAGUCAUCGUUUACUUUGGACUGGAAAUGCCGCAGAAAAUAGUCACACGGAACGAUUCACGUUGGAUCCGCUCAAACUACUCGAAACGAAGUCGCCCGGACGAUGCGGCUUGGGAACAACUUUCGAGAGUUUCUCAUUCCGGCGGCGGCGAGCGCGACGACCGACGCUCGUUAGCCGCUCCUUGUCCGUUUGACGACUUCUGCCGCCUCUGACUGCGCCUCGUCGCUUCCCGCCCGUCUCCAUCUUGAAUUGUGGAACACACUUUUAUCUUUUUUUUUUUUUUUUUUUUUUAUUAUUAUUUUUGGGAACCGCUGCCGGUGGUCUCUUUCGCUGCUGUAUUUAUCGAGUGCCAUAUAGAAACGUAUCACCGUUUUGUUCACGACGCACCAAACUGCGACAGUGACAAACUUGGGCUUUGCGUGCUCGCUCACUUCCGCUCACGUCCAGGGCCUUUUUAUUUUUUAUUUUUUAUUGCCCCCCCCAUUCAUUUAUGACUAAAAGAUGAGGGGACACCAGCCUCCAAUUCCUGUUAAAUGUUGAACUAUGACAAAAGAAAGGACCCGUUGUGUUUUAAUGUGUGAUUUGAUAAAUUAUAAAUGUGUCGUGCAAUUACCUGUCGGAUGUUUUUUUUUUUUUUUAACUCUAUAUUAUUGUAUAAAUAUUGUACAAAGAAAACACUCCUAUUUUGCAAGGAAAAGAUUCACUUUUUACUGUUGUUAUACAUUAAAAGAGAAGAGCUGACGUCACUCCUGCUCGCCUGGUUUGUUUUGCGUCGAUCAACGAUCAGAACCUUGCAUUCGACACCGACCCAGAAACGGUUGAAAAUGAGCAACGUAUUAUAAAACUGAGUCAAUUGAAUGUCUAAUCCGCUCCUCUUAUUGUUUCUUUUUUAAUUUUUUUUUUUUUUUUUUUAUUCUAGUAGCUUCCCGUCAUGCCGAGUCACUUGGCUUAGCUAUAAUCGAGCUUUCAUUGGAAAUAAUUGUCACGUGUCGGCCACAUUCCGUCAUCAACAACACAGAACAAAGUCUUGCGCUGGCACAGCACUGAAAGGAGACGGAACGCUUAGGAGACUUUUGGCUUUUUUGGACUCUCACAGGCACCGUGACGCGACGGAAAAUGGAAACGAGCGCGGAUGAUUUGGUGGGAGUUGAUGAAAAAUAUCUCGACACUUUCUGACUUGCUUUGACCUUUUGAUAAUGUUCCAGCAUCUGCCACAGAGUUGUACAAUUUGACACGGUCGUGGCAGCGUCUUUAUUUUUGGGCUUGUUUUUCUUCCGCUGAAACUGAAGAUUUGAGCUCUUCCAGGGUUCAGACCCAACGGUCGUCCCUAAAAUAUCGAACAGUGCACGGAAAUUGUCCAUCAACGUGCGCAUGAGUGACCAGCAGAUUUUCAUUUUAUUUUUUAUUUUUGAAAUAUUUUUUGUUGCUG